AUGGCGCCAGGAUAUGCUUUUCAAGGAGCCAUCAUCCACUCCCUCGGCCCCGAUGAGGUAAAACUCCUCGAGAACGCCGGCAUCUUCGUCGAUGGCGAUGGUCUGAUAUCAGAGUUCUUCCUAGACAUCUCGGUGGAAGAACUAAUGAGGAAAAUCCCCGAGGACACAAAGCUUCGUGUUAUUCCCAAGGGCCAGUUUCUCUCGCCAGGAUUCGUUGAUACGCAUAACCACGCUCCCCAAUGGGCCAUGCGUGGGCUUGGCCAAGGUCUUCACAUCCUGGACUGGCUCAAUCAAGUCACGUUCCCUCACGAAGCACGAUUCUCCGAUACGACAUACGCUAGGAAGGUGUACGAAAGCUGUGUGGACGGAUUCCUCAAGCAAGGCAUCACGACGGCGUCAUACUAUGGCUCGAAACACGCGGAGGCGACUCAAAUCCUCGCCGACAUUUGCCUCGACAAGGGCCAGAGAGCGUUUGUGGGAAAGUGCAACAUGGAUCGCAAUGCUCCCAGCUAUCUCCACGAUGAAUCCGCGGAGUCCUCCUUGCAAGAGACAGUGGAUUGCGUCAAGCACAUCCGCAAAAUUGACCCUGCUGGGGGACUUGUCCGACCUGUCCUCACCCCACGAUUCGCCAUCUCCUGCACACCAAAGCUCUUAGCUGGCUUGGGGAAGAUGGCCAGCCAGGAUCCGAAGCUGGCGAUUCAGACGCACUUCAACGAAGCGGAACAGGAGAUCAAGGCGACAAGAGAGCUGUUUCCGGACUUUUCUAGUGAGGCCGACUUGUACGAACACUUUGGGCUCCUGAGUCAGCGUUCGAUUCUUGCCCACUGCACCUUCAUGACGGACUAUGAGAUGGAUAAGAUCCGGAAGCUGGAGUGCGGCGUCGCUCACUGUCCGAUCUCAAACAUGACAGUUGGUGGUGGCUUCAUGGCAGCAUCCAUCCGCCAAUUUCUGACCCGGGGCAUCAAGGUUGGCCUUGGUACCGACAGCGGUGGUGGUUUCUCCUCUAGCAUGCUCGAUAGUAUUCGCCAAGCUGUCAUUGCAUCAAACGCCCGAGAGGUCAUGUCUGGGGGUAAAGAUAAAGCACUGUCGCUGAACGAGGUAUUCUAUCUGUCGACGUUGGGAGGAGCCAGGGUUUGCUGCCUGGACGACAGAAUUGGCAACUUCGCGGUGGGCAAGGAGUUUGAUGCUCUUUGGGUAACAUGUCCGCUGGAGUCGUUUGGUGUCAUGACUGUAAGGGAGGAGUCGGAUAGCCUGAGAACUGUCUUCGAGAAGUUCCUGAUGACGGGCGAUGAUCGGAACAUUGCACGCGUGUAUGUGCGUGGCAGAGUGGUCAAAGAUACACUUCCAGCGUAG